AUGGCUGUGGAUCUGGCUGUUGAAGGGUGUGUGAAGGAGAAGGAGGUGUGUGUAGAGCAGGAUUGGUGGUGGAGUUGUGCCGCCCGGUGUUCCACGUUACGUGUGGUACCUGCUGGGCUGAGUCUCCUCCCCGCGCUCCGGUCGGUUCCGUCGCGCUGCCGCAGCCCCGGCAGCACCGCGGCGUUCGCUGGACGCGUUGUUGGCGGAGCCGGCACCGACAAUCUUGACACGUCGAGGCGCUGCGGUGGGUUUGCCUGGAAAUUCCAAGUAACCCCAUGGCAGCCCUAUGGCUGCCCCACAGGUACCGCUACAGCAGCCCUGCUCCUGCCCCGCAAGAGCUCCAGACACGCCUCUGCAGAGCCCCCACAGCAGCCACUUCAGUGCCCCACAGCUAUCACCGCAGCCGCCGCAUCGCGCCCCACGGCCGCCGCUGCGGGACCCCUGGAGCCCCCGGCCCCACACCCGCCCCGCAGCCCCACAGCGCGCGGUCUGGCGGCCGCGGUGCCGGUGAAGCCACGUGCCGGCCGCGGCCGGAGGAGCCGCCGGUUUUCCCCCCCGCACCCCCCGAUCGCUGCUGCCGCGGCCGGAGGAGCCGCCGGUUUCCCGCCCACACAUCCCCCGAUCGCUGCUGCCGCGGCCGGAGGAGCCGCCGGUUUUCCCCCCCCCACACCCCGAUCGCUGCUGCCGCGGCCGGAGGAGCCGCCGGUUUCCCCCCCCACAUCCCCCGAUCGCUGCUGCCGCGGCCGGAGGAGCCGCCGGUUUUCCCCCCCCAUAUCCCCCGAUCGCUGCUGCCGCGGCCGGAGGAGCCGCCGGUUUCCCCCCCCACAUCCCCCGAUCGCUGCUGCCGCGGCCGGAGGAGCCGCCGGUUUCCCCCCCUCACACCCCCCGAUCGCUGCUGCUGCCGCGGCCGGAGGAGCCGCCGGUUUCCCCCCCACAUCCCCCGAUCGCUGCUGCUGCCGCGGCCGGAGGAGCCGCCGGUUUCCCCCCCACACACCCCCCGAUCGCUGCUGCUGCCGCGGCCGGAGGAGCCGCCGGUUUUCCGCCCAGCCCCGACUCUCCUCCUUCCUCCUCAAUCGCCGCUGCCUGCCGCCACGAUGUCUUCUCUUCCGCCAUCUUGUUUCCCCCUUCUGCGCUCAUUCGCUAUUUUAUACCGAGGGAGGGAGGAGGCGCUCGCUGAUUGGCUGACAGUGUCAGCCUCGGAAGUCGUCCAUUGGCUCAUCCCCACGAGGGGUUCUCCGAGGGGGUGGGAGAAAGGCGCUGAUUGGUCACCGUGUCGCUGAGGGGAGGAAGGCACUGAUUGGUCACUUUCCGCCGAAGUUCGCCCUCCCAGUAACAGGCGCUGAUUCGCUAGCGCCCCUGAGGUAGAAAAGGCGCUGAUUGGUCGGCGUUUUCUCGCCGACGUUAGCCCACAGCAACGAAGCGCUGAUUGGGCAGCGCGGCUGACGGGGCGGCUCGGCCAUUGGCAGGAGGGCGGGCGGGGGGCGGGACCGGGCGGGACAACGAGGUAAUAAAUGGGGCGGGGCAGAACGCGCGCAGGACCAGAAAAGCGGAGGCGGCAGCGGUAGCGCGAGCUCAUCGCCCGCCCCCCCGCGGCGGGAAACCGGAGAACGGCAGGAACGGCGGCCGGAAUCAGUUAACGGGGUGGGUAAGGGCGGUAAUUAUCGUGCGGGUGUUAAUUGGGGCUCGGCGGGUUAAUGAGUGACCGGCGGGCUGGGGUGUAUCUGGGGGUUUUGAUCGGAACUGGGGUUUUAAAGCCGCGGGUUUGGGGGGGGGGGGGGGGGGCGGGGGCGAUUAAGGCUCCCGGAGCCGCUUUAGCGGCUUAAAUCUUUGUGUUGAACGCGGGAGGAGCCGGUUCGGGGCUUUUCUCAGCAAUCGGGGCUGGUUUGGGUCCAAUUCGGCUUUUAAAAGAUGUUUUUACGUAAUUUUUGGGUGCCGAUUUGUGCCAGAAGGCGCCUUUGAAAUCUGUUUAUUGAGGGUUUAUCAGGAGAAUUAAAGUUUAAAGCUCGGGGAGAUUUGGGGCUUUUCCCCGGGAUUUUGAGUCCAAAUCGUUUUUUUUAGAGCCCUUAUUUAUUUAAAUUGUUAUGUUUAAAGGGUUUAUUUGAGGUUUUAUUUGGAACAUUUUGGGCGGGUUUGAGGCUCCUAAGAUUUAAUUGUUGGUUUAUUAUUUGAUUUAUUAUUUCACUGCGGUUCGGGGCUCCUGAAGACGCUGAGUUGUUUCAAUUAUUUAGCGCUGUGAGGAGCCGUUUUGGGGCCGUUGGGGUCUAAAUCGGCUUUUUAAAAGGUUUAUUUAACGCGUUUAAAGUUUGAGGGGCCGAUUUGCGACUUUAAAGCUUUUUGAAUCUACUUAUUGAUAAGAAUUUAUACAAUAGAUUAAUAUUUAAAGCCCGGGGGGAGAUUUGGGGCUGUUUCCCAGGAUUGCGAGUCCAAAUGUGUUUUUUUCUGUUAACCGCUUAUUAAUUUAAAUUAUUAUAUUUAAACGGGGCUUUUUGAGGUUUUAUGAGGGUUUUUUUGAGCAUUUUGGGCGGUUCUGAGGCUCCUAAAGCCGCUUAAUUGUUUAAAUUAUUAAUUGUUAAAAUAAUGUAAGUAGUUGUUGAAAUAAGUGUGUAAGUUAUUGUAUUUAAAGCCGGGAGGGGCAUUUCGUUGCUUUUUGGGGGGUUUUAGGGCUGAAUUCACUUCAUUGAACGUGUCUAGAGCUGGGGGUCCCAGAUCUGGUGCUGAUUUGGCCCCAAAAAAAGCUUUAAAAUCUAUUUAUUUAUAUAAUUUACUGAAUUAAUAUUUAAGCGGGAACAUGUUCGGCUUUUUUAACCCGCCGCCAUUUUGUCUCCCCCGUCCCGCUCUCCCUCACGCUGAGGGGGCCGAGGAGACGCUCGCUGAUUGGCCGGUGCCGUCUGGCGGGAAAGCCUCCCCCGGCUCAGCCCCGCUCGGCUGUCUCCGAGGGAGAGAAAGGCGCUGAUUGGUCGCUGCCUCUGAGGAGAGAAAGGCGCUGAUUGGUCGCCGCCUCCCUAAACCCACCUCCUGCGCAGAGAACAGCGACGGCAGCCUGGCCACGCCCCCUCCGGCUGAUCGCGCCCCCCGCUCCGGCUGACCGCGCGUGCCCCCCCCCCCCCCGCAACUCGGCUGACCGCGUGCCCCCCCCAACUCCGGCUGACUGUGCCCCCCUGCCCCCCGGCUGAUCCCGUGCCCCCCCCACUGCACUCCUGCUGACUGUGCGCCCCCCCCCACCUCCUCCGGCUGGCCACAUCUCCACUGCACACCAUGGCGGGGAUGGGGCGGGGGGGGAUCACAAGGGUCUAUGGGGCGGUGUGGGGGUCAGGGCGGCUGUGGGGUCAAUGGGGUUGUUGUGGGGUGAAACACCCCUGAAGAGGCUGAACCCCCUACAGGUGAGUGACCCACACAGUGCCCCACAGUGCCCCAUAGCACCUCCAUUCUGCCCUACGGAUCCACAACACUGCCCCACAGCACCCUAUAGCUCCUGCUUGCUAUCCCACAGCACCCCAUGGCUUCUCCACUCUGCCCCAUAUGUCUACAGCAGUGCCACAGAGUACCUCAUAUGUCUUCCACUCUGCCCCAUGGGUGCAGAGUGCUGCCCUACAGCACCCUAUAGCUCCUGUACUCUGCCCCACAGAUCCACAGUGCUGUCCCACAGCACCCUAUAGCUCAUUUGGCCUAUAGACCCACUGUACUGCCCUACAAUGCCCCAUGGCUCCUACACUCUGCCCCAUAGACCCACAACACUGCCUCACAACACCCCAUUGCUCCUGCACUCUGCCCCAUGGAUGCCCAGUACUGCCCCACAGCACCAUAUAGGUCCUGUACUCUGCCCCAUAUAUCCACAGGAGUGCCCUGCAGCACCCCAUGGCUCCUGCACUCUGCCCCAUGGAUGCCCAGUACUGCCCAACAGCACCAUAUAGGUCCUGUACUCUGCCCCAUACAUCCACAGGAGUGCCCCCCAGCACCCUAUGGCUCCUGCAUUCUGACCCAUGGAUGCCCAGUACUGCCCCACAGCACCAUAUAGGUCCUGUACUCUGCCCCAUACAUCCACAGGAGUGCCCCCCAGCACCCCAUGGCUCCUGCACUCUGCCCCAUGGAUGCCCAGUACUGCCCCACAGCACCGUAUAGCUCCUCUACUCUGCCCCAUACAUCCACAGGAGUGCCCCCCAGCACCCCAUAGUGACUCUACUCUUCCCCAUAGACCCACAGUGCUGCCGCACAGGACUCUACUCUGCCCCUUAGACCCAGAGAGCUGCCCCACAGCAGCCUGUAGGUGCUGCGUUCUGCCCCAUUGGUGCAAAGUGCUGCCCCACAGCGCCCCACACCUCUGUCCACCUGACCACCCUUCCCUCUUGACUGCGCCUGCACUGCCCACUAUGGGUGGGUCACAAGGGUCUAUGGGGCGGUGUGGGGGUCAGGGGGGCUGUGGGGUCAAUGGGGUUGUUGUGGGGUGAAACACCCCUGAAGAGGCUGAACCCCCUACAGGUGAGUGACCCACACAGUGCCCCACAGUGCCCCAUAGCACCUCCAUUCUGCCCUACGGAUCCACAACACUGCCCCACAGCACCCUAUAGCUCCUGCUUGCUAUCCCACAGCACCCCAUGGCUUCUCCACUCUGCCCCAUAUGUCUACAGCAGUGCCACAGAGUACCUCAUAUGUCUUCCACUCUGCCCCAUGGGUGCAGAGUGCUGCCCUACAGCACCCUAUAGCUCCUGUACUCUGCCCCACAGAUCCACAGUGCUGUCCCAUAGCACCCUAUAGCUCAUCUGGCCUAUAGACCCACUGUACUGCCCUACAAUGCCCCAUGGCUCCUACACUCUGCCCCAUAGACCCACAACACUGCCUCACAACACCCCAUUGCUCCUGCACUCUGCCCCAUGGAUGCCCAGUACUGCCCCACAGCACCAUAUAGGUCCUGUACUCUGCCCCAUAUAUCCACAGGAGUGCCCUGCAGCACCCCAUGGCUCCUGCACUCUGCCCCAUGGAUGCCCAGUACUGCCCAACAGCACCAUAUAGGUCCUGUACUCUGCCCCAUACAUCCACAGGAGUGCCCCCCAGCACCCUAUGGCUCCUGCAUUCUGACCCAUGGAUGCCCAGUACUGCCCCACAGCACCAUAUAGGUCCUGUACUCUGCCCCAUACAUCCACAGGAGUGCCCCCCAGCACCCCAUGGCUCCUGCACUCUGCCCCAUGGAUGCCCAGUACUGCCCCACAGCACCAUAUAGGUCCUGUACUCUGCCCCAUACGUCCACAGGAGUGCCCCCCAGCACCCCAUGGCUCCUGCACUCUGCCCCAUGGAUGCCCAGUACUGCCCAACAGCACCAUAUAGGUCCUGUACUCUGCCCCAUACAUCCACAGGAGUGCCCCCCAGCACCCCAUGGCUCCUGCACUCUGCCCCAUGGAUGCCCAGUACUGCCCCACAGCACCGUAUAGCUCCUCUACUCUGCCCCAUACAUCCACAGGAGUGCCCCCCAGCACCCCAUAGUGACUCUACUCUUCCCCAUAGACCCACAGUGCUGCCGCACAGGACUCUACUCUGCCCCUUAGACCCAGAGAGCUGCCCCACAGCAGCCUGUAGGUGCUGUGUUCUGCCCCAUUGGUGCAAAGUGCUGCCCCACAGCGCCCCACACCUCUGUCCACCUGACCACCCUUCCCUCCUGACUGCGCCUGCACUGCCCACUAUGGGUGGGUCACAAGGGUCUAUGGGGUGGUGUGGGGGUCAGGGCGGCUGUGGGGUCAAUGGGGUUGUUGUGGUGUGAAACACCCCUGAAGAGGCUGAACCCCCUACAGGUGAGUGACCCACACAGAGACCCACAGCAGCCCAUAGCCCCUCUGCCCUAUAGAGUCACUGCACCCCAUAGCUGCUUUUACUCUGCCUCAUAAAUGGACAGCAGUGCUCCACAGCACCCUAAGUCUCCACUGUGCCCCAUAGACACACAGUGCUGUCCCACAGCACCCCAUAUCUUGUUCACUCUGCCCUAUAGACCCACAGUGUAACCCUACAGCACCCCAUAGUUCCUCUGCCCUAUAGAUUAACAGCACUGUCCCAGAAAACACCAUAGCUUCUUCCCACUAGCCCAUAGGCCAGCAAUUCUGCCCUACAGCGCACUAGCUCCUGCACCCUAUCCCAUAGACCCACAGCAGUGGCCCACAGAUCCAGUCUGCCCUAUACAGCCACAGCACUGCUCUGCAGCACCAUAUACUUCCAGCACUCUGCCCCAUUGAUAUGUAGCACCCCACAGCUGCUGCAUUCCACCCAUAGAUCGACGUUCCUGGGUCCCCUCACCCCACCAGCUGUCCUGGGUUGCGAUGCUGCACGGGGCCCUGUGCACAACAAAAUGAGGACAGCAUGGCUGCUGGGCGCCACCCUGCUUGGAAUCCGAGAUGGCUGGGGGGGGAGGGCUGGCAGCCAUGCUGGCACUGCCGGAGGGGCUGUUGGUCUGCGCCGUGCUCAGGCGGCAGCUCCCGGCUGUAUCGGCUGCUCCUGUGGCCCUGCACCCUGCCCAUGGGAACAAGGUGGCUGCCCUGAUGGGCGUGGCCAUCUGGGCUGCUGUGUCCCUGCUGGUGGGCGGGGCCAUGGCUGUCAUGGCUGCCAAGCCUGUGCUGGAAGGGUGGGGCUGAGGUGGGCGGUGCCUGCCUAGGGUGGCCAUUUUGGGGUGGGGCCCAAGGUGGGUGGUGGGGCCUGUGACUCUGUUUGCCCCUGACGGCCAUCUUGGAAAAGGGCAGCACUGUGCCGCUGCCAUCCUGACGUUGCUCCCCCAGGGCCAUGUUGGGGGAUUUUUAACCUGGUUUUGGGGCCAAUUCUCACCCAAUAAAAUUAAAUAAUGUAAAAAAA